AUGAAUGAUAUGAUAGGUCUUCUUGAUGAAGGAAAGUGUGGAAUUUUGAUUAUGUUAGAUCUUAGUGCUGCCUUCGAUACUGUUGUGCACGAGUACUUACUUGACGACUUAAAGUCCAUUGGAGUGACUGAGGAAGCACUUGAAUUUUUGCGAAGCUAUUUAACGAACAGGAAGACUAUUGUAGAAAUUUCUGGAAACCGAUCUAGUAAGAGAAUUCUUAUGAAAGGUGUACCACAGGGAGGAAGAACUUUUUGUUAUGCUGCACCGAGACUCUUCAACGACCUUCCACUUGAUGUCAAGAAUAGCAAAAAUGUGGCAGCUUUCAAGAAAAACCUGAAGACUUAUCUCUUUGGAAAGUGCUAUAACAGUGAUCAGAAAACUAUUGAGCCUGAAUACAAAUGCUAG